UUAGAAGUGUCGCAGCUAGAGGGCAGCCUUCAGCAGCCCAAAGCCCAGUCGUCCAUGUCUCAGUACCUGGUCCCCGACACCGCCGCCCUCUGCCAGCACCUGAGUCUCAUCCGGCAGCUGGCGGGCAGCGGCUGCUUCAUCAUCAUCAUCCCUCGUGCAGUGAUCGACGGACUGGACGGGUUGAAAAAGGAAAACGGUGGCGCCAGAGACGGAAUCCGCUUUCUGGAGUCGGAGUUUGGUAAAGGCAACAGGUACAUCCGCUGUCAGAAGGAGUCGGGUCGCAGUUUCGAAAGAGACAAACUGAAACGGCAGGACCUGGAAGCCUGGCAUCUGUACAAGAUGGUGGACAGCUGCCGGACGCUGACCGUCUCCCAGAGCAAGGGAGACGAGGACACGGCCGGCAUGGUGACCAUCCUGACGGGCCGCGAGGUGGAGGAGCUGUGCGCUCGCUCUGCAGCCAUGAAGGCGGCGGUCCAGGCGGCGGCCUCUGCAGGCAUGGAGCUGAAAAACAUGGUGGAGUUUUACCGCCAGUGGAAGGAAAUGGGCUGAGAGCGGAGCGGGGGGGCAGCUGUCGGCGCUGCCGGCGGCUGACGGAUGACGACACUCGCUCCCUCUGUCUCCCACUCUUUUGCUCUGUAUGGAUCUGCGUCUCCAAGGCAACAACAACUCGCGGAUGGAGGAGUGACGCUUCCAGGGCUGGAAGAAGGAAACAGGCGGAGUUAAAAAAAAGAAAAGAAAA